AGGGCGUUCUUGUUCAAAAAACAAAACUACCCGCGGGAGAUUGCAACACAACCUGUGUUGGUUGCUAGAAAGCAAGAUGGCUGCUCAUGAGUGGAGUAUGAGAACCUCUAGCCCGCCCUCUCACCUUCAGCUGACAUGUAAUGGCACAUAUGUCGCACUUCCGUUGGGAAGAACAUCAGUAGGUGUUUGGAGCUUGCAGAGUAUUUCAUCUAAGCCACUGGAGUUAAUUGGGCAUGGCAAGCCUAUAUGUUGCCUUUGCUUAGGGUCACAACCUCGUCCACCAUUGCUCGCCAGCUCAGCUCAGGAUUACAUCAUUGUGUGGAACAUUCAGAAAGCCAGGGAUGCAUAUGAGGAAGGUAACCAGAUUCGAGGUGUAGUGAUAUAUACAAGACCAGGAUAUGUGGAACAUAUGGAUUUCAGUCCUGAUGAUUUGUUGUUGGCAGUCUGUAUCGACAAGGAGGUGCUCAUCCUGUCCUCUCAGUCUGAGCAUCUUCACACAACAUUGGAAGGUCACACUGCUAGGGUGACAAGUGCUGAAUUUUCACCCCAUCAUGAGGCACUGGUAGUCUCCAUCUCAGAGGACAGGACAUUCAAGGUUUGGGACAUCAGCAAAAACAUUCUUGUAUACCAGUCAACAAUAAUAUCAGGUUCCCCAUUCCUGUGUCUAGCAUUGAAUCAUGAGAGUGAACAAGUUGCAAUAGGAUCCACUGAUGGGCAAGUGCGUAUCUAUGAUAUGAGUGAGGACAGUGGCUUCAGAACGCUACAUCAGCUGGACGUUGCAAAACAUUUGCAAAAGAUCCAUCGGUCAAAAUUUGCUAAAGAUCAGUACAAUGAUGAGCCAUCGACUAUAUCCAGCAAGCCAUCUUGGAAGACUCCACAAGCUGCUGUAGACAGCACCUACGAUGUUGAGGAAGAUGAUCAAAGUGAAGCAGGAUCUUCUAUCGUUGGCCUCUUCUUUCGUGUCAGACCUUCAAAAUCCCGGCCUAGUAGUGGUGUUCAACUACCCUCUUUCCUCACUCAGAAUAGCUCUGUUGUACAGGACCUUCUAGAAGUACCGCCUUUAUUGGUUGUAGGGACAACAGCCUCAAUCCUCAUUGUCAAUGCUUACAGUUAUGAUGUCAUAAGGGUCAUUGACCUUCAAGAAUCACUAGCCUCAAAACAAAGUCUUGAUGUCCCAGUCAAAACCAUAUCUUUGGUAGGAUCCUAUAGCUUCUCAAAUGCAUCUGAUGAAGAACAGAUAUGGUGUUUGGUUGGCAGUAUAUUUCAAAGUGAGGCUCACCUUCUCUCACUGAAGAAUAAUUCCACGUCUUUAGACACACCCCAUCACCUUGCUCAAGCAGUCACUGAAGGAGAAGAACUACCAGAUUUACAAAAUUUAUCUAUUACCUCAGAUGGUGAUACAGCAAAACUGGCAAAUAUAACAGUGUUAUCAAGCACACCUCUGUUGGACAAUUCACCAUUAAAGUCAGAACUUAUACCAAAAAUUAAAACAGAAACCAAAUCCAAGAAAGCUGGUACUCAAAAGAAAUCAGCGAUCCCAGAUCAACAAGCUCUCACAUUCCAUUCAAAGAUAAAAUCAUCAGGAUAUUCCCAAACAACAAGACAAGAGUUGUUUUCACCAAAAACAAAUAAAGCAAAGGGGAAAGUAACAACCAAGGUUGGAUCUGGGGCAAGGGCUCUCCAGAAGGCAUAUCCAGUGGAUGCUGAUCCUCCAUCUAAGCUGAAAGCAAAGGUGGACGUUGCUGAGCAUUCUACUCCCAUUCAUCAGAUAUCCUUUUCAGGUGAUGGCCAGCAUUUAGCAUGUGCUUUAGCACGCAAGUGCAGUGUGGUUUUCAAGAUGCCUUUGAGUAGUAAAGGAAAAUCAUUUAUUGGUCAUGACAGUGCAGUCAACUGUGUAUCCUGGAGCCAUAGCAACCAGUAUUUGCUGACUGGGUCAGAUGACAAGACCGUGAAGUUAUGGUUGAAAUCUUUAUCCGAACCAAUUUUAACAUUCCAAAAUAUCAACGAAAAGCAAAAGCAAGAGAAAACAAGUGCAGUCAAAAAAGUCAAAUCAAUGUUCAACAAGGAGAUUCGACAUGCACAGUUUUAUUACAUGGACAAGUUUAUACUGAUUGCAUGUGAUAAGGCUUUCUAUCUUUAUAAAUACAUCAUAGAUACAAGUGUGGAUGAUGUCAAAAGGUAUCAAAGUCAUUCUCAUUAUAAGUUGGUGAACUCGUACAGCUUAGCACAGGGACAGCAGCUGUCGGCUCUAAGCGCCAUCAACUCUUUCUACUCUUAUAUAAUUCUUUGUGCAGGGUCGGACAAGUCUUUAGAAGUGUUUGAUAUGAAUGUCGGCAAGAGUGUACGUGUGACGAACAACGCACAUGAGCGCACAGUGCAUGUUGUCAAGCAGAAUCAAGGGUCAGCGUAUGUCACUCAUCCUUCAUCAGCUUACGAUUUGUUUGCGACUGCAGCCAUCACGGAUGGCAUUAAAAUCUGGGACUUGCGCACGAACAGGUGUGUGAAGAGAUUUGAGGGACACCAGAACCGAGUUCAUCCUUGUGGGCUGUCUUUUAGUCCAUGUGGGAAGUACAUUGCAACUGGAUCAGAAGACAAAUCUCAUAUCCCAGGUGGUACAAACGUACAUGUGUUAGGUAUUAAACAGGUGGCCAGUAUGCCUGUACUUUCUGGAGUUUAUUUUUCAAGUUGUUCUUUUCCUGUUGUGUUAACUUGUGCAUGA